GACACAGAUGUCCAACAAUGGGACUACCAGACACCACUUGUUGCCAGCGUGUAGUGUCUCCACGUGCUGUUCAACAUAGUUCUGCAUAUUUACUUGCGUGAAUAAUCAUGCAUAUUGUGUGUGGUAUGCACUGACCUGGUACUGUGGGCCAUUUGUGGAAGUGUCAGUCCCAGGCAGCGUAAGGAGUAAGGGCUCUGAGGCCUCCCAGUGAGUGUGUGACUGCAAUAACACUGACGCAGCAUGGCCAGGCAGGGAAAGGAUUGUUCUAUCAUCGCCACCCACAUUCCUACUGAAUUUACCAGAAGGCAUAUUGAUGAGUAUUUCAGUAUCAUCGGCCCCGUGAAAAAAUGUCACCUGGUUCGAGAUAAAGAUGGUACCUUUAAAGGAGUGGCCUACAUUGUAUACAAUGAAUUAAAAGAUGCUACAGAAGCUGUAAACACUUUAAAUAAUUCAACAUUAAAUGAAAAAAUAAUCAAGGUCAAAUUUACUCGACAAAGGGACAAUGAGAGCAACCUUCAGCCUGCAGGAAAGGCUGAAGCCAAUCAAGAGGGCUCACUUGACCGAGAGAAAGAAAGCAAGAAAAGGAAACGUCUGGAGAAAAAACAAAAAAACAGGAAUGGAAGAAUUAUCAUUAGAAAUCUUUCCUUUAAGGCUGAUGAGAAAGCAAUUGAAGAUCACUUUUCACAGUAUGGGAAAAUAAGUGAAGUGUCAGUAUUAAAGAAAAGUAAUGGGAAGAUGAUCGGAUGUGCCUUUGUCCAGUACGGUACAAAGUUUGAAGCACUAAAGGCCAUCAAGGAAUGCAACAUGAAGCCUCUAUUAGGGAGGCCAAUUGCUGUAGACUUGGCUGUCCCAAAGGAAAAAUUUGCUACUGUCAAAGUCAAAACUGAAGAACCAGAAAUGGAGGAAUCUACUCAAGUGAAAGAGGAACAUUCUCAAGAGAAUAUGCAUGAAGUUAAAAAUAAUGAAAAUGUUAAAAUCAAGGAAGAAAGAUUCAGCAGUGACGGUGGAAGUGAUGAUAGUGGGCUAGAAAAAGAUGGUGACAGUGAAAUAGAUGAUGAUGAAGAAAAACUCACAGUAGCAAAUAAGACGUAUAGUGAUGGUCCAAGUAAAGAUGUUGCAGAGGAGAGGACACUUUUCAUCAAAAACCUUUCAUAUGAAGCCACAGAGGAAGAUAUCAGACAAGUUUUGGAGACUUACGGUGCAGUGAAAUACGUCUUACUCUGCAUUGAUCGUCUGACUCAACAUCCUCGGGGAACUGCUUUCGCACAGUUUUUGGAACGUGAAGCUGCUGACAGAUGUUUAGAGGCAGAGAAGGAUCCCUCUACCAAGUCAUCAUUUAUUCUACAUGGCCGGCCAAUGCACAUCAUGAGGGCCAUGAGUAGAAAGGAAUUACAGGAAAGGAAAAGUGAUGAUAAGGAAGUACUGCCCAAAGAUAAACGUAACCUGUACCUGGCCAGGGAAGGAUUUGUCCGUGAAGGAACUUUAGCAGCAGAGGGCAUCUCAAAAGCAGACAUGGUUCUCCGGAUUAAGAGAGAACAAGUGAAACGCAGAAUGUUGAAGAAUUUACAUAUUUUUGUAUCCCCAACACGAUUAUGCAUCAAUAAUUUGCCCAAAACUGUCACUGAUAAAGAGCUUGGUAGAAUAUUUAAAAGUCUUGCACCUAAGGAAGCUAUGCUAACCGAGACACGAGUAAUGAGGAAUCUUAAAAACCUUGACGAGAAUGGCAAGCCUAUGAGUCGAGGUUAUGGUUUCGUCUCUUUCACCAAGCACGAGCAUGCAUUAGCUGCCCUGAGAAGUGUGAACAACAACCCAGAAGUGUUCACCAAUGACCAAAGACCUAUUGUGGAGUUUUCUCUGGAAAAUCGUAGUGUUUUGAAGGCACGUGAAAAAAGGAUGGAGAAAAGCAGAGAAAAGAACCCCUUGUGGAUGAAAAAUGCUGCUUCAGCUUCUGCAAAACGAGAUUCAGUGAAUGCUGACAAGCUAUCAAAGAAGCAUGGCAAUGAAUUGCAAGAAGAAGCAUCUUAUUCAUCCUUCAUGGGGUCAAAGUCAAAUCCACAAAAUCGGGAUCUCCCUACUAAUUUUGGACCUAAGGUCCGGCAUGCUAAGAAGAGUCCUGCUGCAGCAAAAAUAAGCAGGAAGCAACUCAGGAAAGAGCAGAGGGAUCGUGCUCAAGGGAAGAAAAGAAAACGUCCUCAGAACAGUGAAGCCGAUAUGGAAAGUCCAAAGAAAACAAAGAAAGAAGUUGAAAGUCAGCCUAAAAAGAAAAAGAAUAAAAAGAUAACUAAGCGUAUGAAGACAGAACUGAAGAAAGACAAGUCAUUCAACUUACUAGUGCAAAAUUACAAGAAAAAGAUGUUAUCUGUUGAUUCAUCUUCACAGAAAAAAUGGUAUGAGGAUUAAUUGAUGUCUAACAGUUAAGCUCAACCAUUUUUUUUUUUUUUUUUUUUUUUGGGGAGGGCUUGUUUGAUUUCUGAUAAGUAUUUUAUGUACAGUUAAUAAAGAAUAACAAUGUUCAUUAUUUCAUUAGCUACUGUAUAUAAGUACAUUAACAAUAUUAGUAACAUUAUUGGCACUUGUAAAGUACUGGGCUAGUGAUUUUGCUAGAACAGAUUAGAAGUGGAAUACAUGAAAAUUAUAUAUAUAUAUAUAUAUAUAUAUAUAUAUAUAUAUAUAUAUAUAUAUAUAUAUAUAUAUAUAUAUAUAUAUAUAUAACAUUUUCGAGUUUAAUUCAUUCUGUGACAGAGCUCGUAUCUCAAUUUGCUCAUGAUUCAAAUAAUUUUUUCUCCAUUGAAAUUAAUUUAAAUGCCGUUAAUCCAUUUUAACUUCCAAAUUUUUUUUUCCUUACUUAAGAAAAAAAUAUUUAUCCAUAAAAAAUAAUGUAUAAAAACAUCAUAAAAGAUAAUGUAAAUAAAUAAACUGGUUUAACCCCUUCAA